AUGGAAAUGGAUACAGAAAUUCAGAUCAAAGUACUAUCAGAGCCAGAAGCAUGGGACCUAUUCAAGAACAAGGUGGGAGAUUCUAUUGAUUUUGAUCAAGAACUACAUGAUAUUGCAAAAGAGGUGUGUAAAGAGUGUCAAGGUUUGCCAGUUGCUAUACUUGUAGUUGGAGGUGCAUUAAAAGGUAAGCAGAAGUAUGUUUGGAAAAACGCACUUGAGAAGCUGAAAAAGUCUAUGCUACAGAAAAUUGAGGGAAUUAGCCCAAAGUUAUAUGAAUCCAUGAAGUUGAGCUAUGAUUAUUUAUCCAUGGAUGCAAAAUCAUGCUUCUUGCUCUGUUGUAUGUUUCCUGAAGAUGCCGAGAUUCCAAUUGAUGAAUUGGUGAGAAAUUGCAUGGCGAGAAGGUUGCUUGUUGAAAAGCAAGAUACACUCGAAAAAGCAAGAGAUGCAGUGCUUACAGUAGUCGAUACACUCAAAACUUGUUCUUUGUUGUUAGAUGACACAAAUAAAAACGUUGUAAAAAUGCAUGAUGUCAUUCGAGAUGUUGCUGUUUCAAUUGCUGAUGAUGAAAAGGCAAUUCUUGUAAAACAUGGUGUUCAUGAGUGGCCGGAAGAAGGUACGUAUGAAUCGUACUUGGCAAUCUCAUUAAGGUCCAAAACUGUUCAUGAGGUUCCCAAUAAAUUAAGAUGUUCACAACUCCACACCUUAUUGUUAGAAUGUAUCGCUCCCUCGGUUACUAUUCCAGACAUGUUUUUCGAUGGGAUGGAGAAACUUACAGUUUUAGAAUUGAAUGGAGUUUGUAUGUUGCAACUCCCACCAUCACUUGCAAAUUUGGUUAACCUUCGGAUGUUAUGUCUAAAUGAAUGCCAGUUGGAAGACAUAACUAUACUCAAGGAUCUAAAGAACAACCUUGAAGUACUUAGCCUUCGGGGUUCUGAUAUCAAGGCCUUACCAUCAGAGAUUGGACAAUUGACCCAACUUCGGUUGUUAGAUUUGAGAGAUUGUUACAAACUCUCAAAGAUUCCACAAGGUGUCAUAUCCAAUUUGUCUCGCCUGGAAGAAUUAUACAUUUCAGAUAGCUUUGAGCAAUGGGAGGAUGCUACAGCCAACAAGGAAAGAAGCAAUGUGAGCCUCGAUGAGUUGAGGAAAUUGACGCAAUUAACCACUUUACAUAUACACAUUCCAAAUGCCAUGCUGCUGCCUAAAGACAUCUGCUUUGAAAAAUUGAUCAGAUUUAUAAUAUCAACGGGUGAAAGGUUUUAUUAUUUUGAUGAUCAGUCAUCAAGAAGGACGUUUAUACUUGUAGGCGUUCCCUUAAGGGAUGAGUUUAAUGUUUUGUUGGAGAGAGCUGAAGUGCUUCAUUUGGAAAAAGUGGAAGGUUUACAGAAGGUGUAUCACGGACUAUAUCCAUCAGGGUCCUUCAAUAAAUUAACUGAAUUAAGAAUUAAAGAUUGUAAGUUGAAAUAUCUCUUCUCCCCAUCAUGCGCAAGAGGACUUCUGCAAAUUCAACGACUAGUAAUAAAAGAUUGUGAGGUCAUGGAAGGAAUUGUUGGAAAUGAAGGAGUAAAAAAUGAAGAGGCAGUCACAAGUGAGGCAAUUAGUUUUAGUCAAUUGAAAUAUAUGGAGUUGGAAAGUCUACCCAGCCUCGUAAGCUUCUACCCCAAAAUGGAGAAGACGUCGACCGCUAAGGAAAAUUCAUCUACCCAAGCACACUCUCUCUUUAAUGAAAAGGUUGCUUUUCCCGUCUUGGAGGAUUUCGAAAUUCAUGGAUUGCCUAACAUAAUAGAGAUAUGGGACAAGCAAUUACUCAUAGCCUCAGAAAAAGAAUCAAAGUCCUUCUACCAACUGAAAGAUAUGAGGGUUUCUAAUUGUGAGAAAUUGGUACAUGUGGUCCAAUUCAAUAUGCUCCCACGACUGCAAAAUCUCAAAAGAUUCUACGUGGAUAAUUGUCCAAGGAUGGAAGCGAUAGUCUCGGAAAAAGAAAAAGAAGAAGGAACCACCGGGAAUGAUAUCAUCGUGUUCCCUCAAUUAACAACUCUUUAUCUUUCUGGGUUGGUGAGCCUUAAAAGUUUCUACAAUGGGCCUACAAGAUCUGAAGCACAACCCUUAUUCAACCACCAGGUUGCUUUCCCAGUCUUGGAGAAUUUGAAAAUUACUAAAGUGCCUAACAUAACAGAGAUAUGGGACAAGCAAUUACUCACAGUCCUAGAAAAUGAAUCAAAAUCCUUCUGCCAACUGAAAGAGAUAGAGGUUAAUAAUUGUGAGAAACUGAAUGUUGUUUGGUCCAAUAUGCACCCACAACUGCAGAAUCUGGAAAAACUCAAUGUAUAUGGUUGUCCAAAUAUGAAAGUGAUAGUCUGGGAACAAGAAAAUGAAAAAGGACGCACCAGUGAUGAUAUUAUUGUGUUCACUCAACUAACAACUCUCUGUCUUCAAAAUUUAACGAAACUUAAAAGUUUUUACAGUUGGCCUACAAGAUCAAAAGCACAACCUUUGUUCAACCACUAG